CAGACAGCAGCAGCAAACCGACCCCGUUCCCGUUUCCAUUUUCACGCCACCCCACCACCCGCACACCCACACUCCACGAGAGACGACCCAAACCGGCCGCCACCGCCGCCGCGAUCCCCCACCUCCGCUCGCCGGAAGGGGCGCCGUAGCCCCGCCCCUCCCCUCCCCCCUCUCCGGUGGCUGGCCCCUCUCCGGCGAUGGGGAGCGCCGACCUGGUGCUGAAGGCGGCGUGCGAGGGCUGCGGCUCGCCGUCGGACCUCUACGGCACGUCGUGCAAGCACACCACGCUCUGCAGCUCCUGCGGCAAAUCCAUGGCGCUCUCCGGCGCCCGCUGCCUCGUCUGCUCGGCCCCCAUCACCAACCUCAUCAGGGAAUAUAAUGUACGGGCCAAUGCCACCACAGAUAAGAGCUUCUCUAUUGGAAGAUUUGUGACUGGUUUACCCCCUUUCUCAAAAAAGAAGAGUGCGGAAAACAAAUGGUCUCUUCAUAAGGAGGGGUUACAAGGUCGCCAGAUUCCUGAGAAUAUGCGGGAAAAAUACAAUAGGAAGCCAUGGAUUUUGGAAGAUGAAACUGGGCAAUAUCAGUAUCAAGGUCAAAUGGAGGGAUCACAGUCAUCAACAGCUACAUACUAUUUGUUGAUGAUGCAUGGCAAGGAAUUUCAUGCAUAUCCUGCUGGUUCUUGGUAUAACUUCAGUAAAAUUGCACAGUACAAACAACUUACCCUGGAAGAGGCUGAAGAGAAGAUGAAUAAGAGAAAAACUAGUGCAACUGGUUAUGAACGUUGGAUGAUGAAAGCAGCUACAAAUGGGCCGGCUGCCUUUGGUUCAGACGUAAAGAAACUUGAGCCUACAAAUGGCACUGAAAAAGAAAAUGCCCGCCCCAAGAAAGGGAAAAAUAAUGAAGAGGGUAACAAUUCUGAUAAAGGCGAGGAGGAUGAAGAAGAGGAAGCUGCACGCAAAAAUAGGCUUGCGCUCAACAAAAAAAGUAUGGAUGACGAUGAGGAAGGUGGAAAGGAUCUGGACUUCGAUUUGGAUGAUGAAAUUGAAAAAGGUGAUGACUGGGAGCACGAAGAAACAUUCACUGACGACGAUGAGGCUGUGGAUAUAGACCCAGAGGAGCGGGCAGAUUUAGCUCCUGAGAUUCCCGCUCCUCCUGAAAUUAAGCAGGAUGAUGAAGAGAAUGAAGAAGAGGGUGGUCUGAGCAAGUCUGGCAAGGAGUUGAAAAAGCUUCUUGGGAAAGCUGCUGGACUUAAUGAGUCAGAUGCCGAUGAGGAUGACGAAGAUGAUGACCAGGAGGAUGAGUCAUCUCCAGUGCUUGCUCCAAAACAGAAGGAUCAACCCAAAGAUGAACCUGUAGAUAACAGCCCCGCUAAACCAACACCAUCAGGACAUGCUCGUGGCACACCUCCUGCAUCCAAAUCGAAGCAAAAGAGGAAAUCAGGUGGUGGUGAUGAUUCAAAAGCAUCUGGCGGUGCAGCUUCCAAAAAAGCAAAGGUGGAAUCUGAUACAAAACCAUCAGUGGCCAAAGAUGAGACACCAUCUUCCUCAAAACCUGCAUCGAAGGCCACUGCUGCAUCAAAAACUAGUGCAAAUGUAUCUCCUGUCACAGAGGAUGAAAUCAGGACUGUUCUUCUUGCUGUUGCUCCUGUCACUACACAAGAUUUGGUAUCUAGAUUUAAGUCUAGACUACGAGGUCCAGAGGACAAGAAUGCUUUUGCUGAAAUUCUGAAGAAAAUAUCGAAGAUUCAGAAGACUAAUGGCCACAAUUAUGUCGUCCUUAGAGAUGACAAGAAGUGAAGAGCAAAACUAAAGUGGUGCUUUCUUAAAAUGCAACCUUUUGCUUUGCUGUGCCUUUUGGCAUAACAUGUUUGUAAGAUAAGUGUAUUGGAAGAAUUGGCCUUGUAACCUGAUGUAUUUAGGGCCUAUUUGGAUUGUUACCCUACCAAUUUUUUGGUAGUGCCAAAAUGUAGGCAAGUUUUGGCACUACCAAAUCUUUGGUAAAGUAAGAUUGCAUUGAUCAUAUUUGGUUUGCUACCAAUAUAUAGCUAAAAUGUAAAAUUGUAGUGAAGAAUAUUCUAGAUGAUACCAAAUCUAAAUUAGGUAUUACCAAUGAAUAGGCUUCGAUCCAAAUUAAACACAACUACUAUUCAAAUUACCAAAAUAUUGGUAGGGCAUGUUUUUGGUAACAAUCCAAAUAGGCCCUUAGAUCUUUUUUAACUUAAGGUCAUUGAUCACUUA